GCCACACACUCAGCGGUGGAUCGGUGUCAUAACAUCAGACUUCUGCACGAGCUCAGACGACACGUCUGCCACCAAACUGGGAACUCGGCUCAUUUACUGAAAAUAGGAUAAACUUUAUUAUUUACUUUUAUUAUUUAUUUUAUUUAACUUGUUAUUUACUACGAAUCCACAAACUGUAAUUUAUAUGCUAUUGUACUGUUAAGCUGUAAACACAGAGAUCUCAUCUGGAAACGGUGAGUCGGUGUGUGAACAUGGAGACGGUCAGUGUCUUACUGAGCGUCCUCUGCGUUUCUGGAGCUUUGGCUCAGUGCCCCAACAAGGUUUCAGAUCUCUUCAUCACCGCACCAAAAACAAUGGAAGCACUGACUGGAUCCUGUCUCAUGAUCCCAUGUAGCUUUAAAACUAAACCAGAAAAUCAAACCAUCAGCGGCGGAACCAUCUACGGAGUGUGGAUUAAAAAUGACCCAAGAUUUAGUCUAAACCCAAACAAUGUGAUCUACAACGGCAGUAAGACAGUUAACAGUUAUCCAGUGAAUAUCACUGGAAACCUGAGGCAGAGAAACUGCACCACUCUGUUCUCUGAUCUGAAAGCAACACACACAGACUCGUACUACUUCAGGAUAGAGAAUGGAGCACUAAAAGCAACAGCUGCCUGUGAUCCUGUUCAAAUCAAUGUUACAGAUUCUCCUCAAAAACCCAGGAUUGAAAUCUCAGGUGAUCUGAGGGAGGAUGUGUCUGUGACUAUAACCUGCUCAGCUUCCACUCCCUGUCCACACCUCCCUCCUAAACUCACCUGGAAUCUACAAGCAGAGCCUGACAACCACAGAGAGGGAAACAGAGAUGGAACCUUCACUACUAAGAUCCAGAAGACCAUCACUCUGUCAGACAAAUAUGAUGAACUCACCAUCAACUGUUCUGCCUCAUAUCCUGUGACUGGAGACAUCAAGACAGCACAGACUCAGCAGACUCUCAAUGUUUCAUAUGCCCCCAAGGACACCUCAGCCUCCAUCAGUCCAUCAGCUGUGGUGUCAGCAGGUAGCUGGGUGAACCUGAGCUGCUCCAGCAGAGCCAGGCCUCCUGUCAGCAGCUUCACCUGGUUCCAGAUCAGCAGUGAUGGAGCCAAGGCCAACGUAUCUAAAGGAGCCUUCUACACAUUUAAUGCCACAGGUGGAGGAGUUUACCAAUGUGUGGCCUCCAAUGGCCUGGGUGCCCAGCCAUCACAACAGAUUCAUCUGACUGUUGGAGGUAAACACUGACCUGGAAGGACAUUU